AUGCCGGUCAUCCCCGAGUCGUCAGACUUCCCAUCUGCGCCCCAAAAGGGGGGCAGUGAAACCGGGAAUAAAUCAGGCGAGCAGUCCCAGAAGGCUAGUGCGACGGACUUCUUGUCAAAAGGACCUCAAAUCCCAGACAACAUGCCUCCCAAGGCUUCGAAGGAGGAGCUACAGGCACGCAUGGAAGAACUGAACAAGCCCUCCAAUUGA